AUGCAAAGAUCAGGAUCGAGAGCUCCACAGGUGAGUUGUGGAUGUUUCCACAACCUCGUGGAUUUGUGGUUCGAAGGCACAUUUGAAGUCGAGAGUUCCACAGUUAUUGCUAAUCAAGUUAUUAUAAUUGAUACAAGCAAACUCAACUCCACUCAAGGAGGGCGUCUCCGUGGCGACGUUUUCUCCUUCGGCUGUUCACUUUUUGGUCGCAUAUUAAUAAUCGGAGACGAGGAUUUCAGUUUAGUGAGAGAGUGA